CGCCAUCAGCCGGCGCCUGGGCGCUGGGGCCAUGGCGGCUGAGGGGCUGUGGGCGCAGGCGGAGGCAGAGGGAUGGCGGCGGCUGCUGCGGGCCGUGACCCGCCUGCAGGCCUGUGUCAGGGGUUACCUGGUGCGGAAGCGGUUUCAGAGCCUGCGGGCAGCGUUCGAGGAGGUGGUUUUGGAGAUCGAAGGAGACCUGAGCCAGCUGCAGUGGAGGGGACGGCUCCUGCCCCGGCCUGUCUUCAUCCCCGAGGAGCCAGCACAAGGGAAGUGUUCAAAUCCACGUGAGGCUGCACCAGGUGACAAAGCCAGCACAGAAAAAACACAGGAGGAGCUGGAUGCUUCUGAGCCAGAGCAGGACCGGGGCUGCAGCAGCAUGAAUCCUACAGCCCAGCUGCUGAGUGAGAAGGAGCUGAGCCCCACGGGUGCAGGAGAUGCAGAGACCCCCCUGAAUCUCGAGGCUGAUGCUGAUGAGCACCCUGAAAAGGGGUGCAGUCCCCCAGCUGGGAGCAAGGACUGGCAGAACGACAGCAACAUGUCCUCUGGCCUGGAGGCAGAGUCCCUUGGAGCCUACCUGGAAAUUCCACUUGUGGACAUAAAGGAACUUCCUCAGACUCGCUCUGGUCUCCAGUCCUACCGAAACCACUUGGUCAUGGAGCUGCUGUGGUUGGAACAAGCUAUUGUCAGCCGUAAAAACUUCUUGACGUUGAAGCAGAGGCUGGGGACUCCUGGAGGAGGGCAGUCCUGAGCAUAAAGGGCACUUGUAUUGGUGUGGAGAAGCUGCAGAGCUGCAGCACCUGCGUUGUGACGUGGCCCUCAUGGACAGCAGCAGCUCUGGGGAACUCCAGCUUUCUGGAUUGACGUGUGCCACUUCAGGUGAAUGUUGCAAGAAAGCCUUUUGUUUCUUUUAAAUGGGACUAUUUGGCCAAAGCAGGGGUUAGACAUCACUGGGAAGCCUGGAGGUGGUUGUGUGGCCUGGAGGGGGUCUCAGUGAGACCUCCUUCUACAAGAACCUUAUUUCUGUUGGCUAGGCUGGAUGGUCCUAGGGGCAAAACAAGCUUAGGAGGGCUGCUGCUUAGAGAAGGCUCUUUCUGACCAGCUCAUUGCUUGUGGUGGAACUAAAAUGCCUGAAGGCAGAAGGUGCUUCCAACCUGCAGGAACAAGCUCUUCUGUGCUGACCUGUGUGUGAUUCAUACCAGUGUCUGAGCUGUCUAUUUGAGGUGGCUGCACAUCAAAUCUGACCUUCAGGACAUGAGGCUUGGUUCCCAACUCGUGUAUGGAUGGCCAUUGUAGCAUCUCUCUGUGUGGCAGAGUGACCUGGACUGGUGCUUGAGGUGGCAAGUAAGGACCUGUGGGGUUUGGAGCUUUGUUCCUCUAGUCCAGGAGCAUUCAGGGCCCCUCAGAAAGGGACUUUUCAUGUGGUGCUGUGGUUCUUUACCCCAAGUCUACUGUGGAAAUGCUCUGCAUUCCUGCUGCCUGAGCAGUCACUCUUGCCAUGUGGGGGAUGAAUCCUUCUGGUCCUGAAUGAAGCCGAUUUGUUUGUGAAUAAAAAGCUUUCCUGA